GCUGAACCAGGAAGUCAGCGACUUUCAUUCAUUCAUGACGUUUUACUGCCUAAAACUAGCGUUAGAUCCAAAAUGCGUCGGAAACAUGAACCUCAGCCAGCAGGCACAUAUCCUCCAAACGCGGAUAAAAAGGAGCAGAGACGGGGAGGGCAAGCUGAAUCUACGGUCCGGGUGUCUUACAGCUCCAUUCUCAUCAACUUUGGGAAAUGUUUACUUCUGAUCGUGAUCGUUCCCCCGUUCCUCAACUACGCGUCGCUGCAGAGAGAAGGACAGGUGCUUCUGCCAAAAGAGGGGCAGAUGGUGGACGUUGGUUUGGGGCAGAAACUGCAUCUCUUGUGCAAAGGACGAGGAAAACCAGCUGUUAUACUAGAUGCACCAACAGGAAUGUCCUCUGACGUCUGGUUCUACGUCCAGGAGAAAAUUUCCUCUCUGACCAAGGUUUGUACAUAUGACAGGGUGGGACUGGGAUUCAGCAAGCGAGUGAUGCAGAACGAAACGACAGGAACAGAGAAAGUCUGGGGGGCGUCCACAACCGGCCGGAUGGUGGACGAUCUGCACCGACUCCUGCGGGCUGCAGAAAUAGCCCCCCCAUUCAUACUCGUUGGCUCAGAGCUCGGAGCGCUCAACAGCAGGUUCUACAGCCACAUUCAUGACGUGCAAGUGUCAGACCUGGUGCUGAUAGAUCCCAUCCCGGAGGACAUUUUUGAAGAGGACCAAUGGAAGGAGUACUGGUAUGGGAGGCUGCUUCCUUCUCUCCAGGUCCGUCAGUUUUCAGCAGCCACGGGUCUGAGCCGCAUGCUGAUCAUCCUGGGGGCCAUGGAGCCGGUGCUAAAGGGAGAAAACCUCACUGAGGAGGUCAUGCAGCGUCAGAAGUACCUCCUUAGUAACCCAGCCCACCAAAGCAGUGCAGUGGACGAGCAUUAUUUCAUGAAUGAAAGUGCUGCUCAAGUCAGGGACAUCACAAAGUUUAAACCCUUCUCCAGCAAGAUAACGGUGAGCAUGCUGACUGGGGAGCUGUUUGACGAGCAAAUACCAGAACACCUGAACCAAAUGGUAGCCCGACAUCAAAAGAGGUUUCUGAAGGAAUCCUACCCAUCGGCCAAUCACGUUCACAUAAAAGGAGCAGACCGGCGAAUGAUCUACAAGCAGCCAUCUGCCAUCAGCCAGCACCUGUGGAAACUCGUCAGCCAGCGUCAAGCCAGACCGCAGAGCGAGUGACCUGUGGCCAGAGAAGGAAGGGACGCCUCAGAUAUGGGCCGAGCUACACCUGAAUAUGUUUUAAAUAUUCAAUAAAACCUCCUGCUUAUCGUUUUA